UCACUCCCAACGUUCACUCUCUCACGUUUUCAAACAUUCCCUCCCAAAUCAAUAAAAUCCAAAAAAAAUAAAAAUAAAACAACAUUUCAAAAACCAUAAUCUCCCAUUUCCGAUUCCUUCCUAAAACUCAACGAUUACAAAAUCUCUUCCUUCAUUCCCUUCAAUUAUUGCAACCGACAUUCAAAUUCAACUCAACCAUUCUCACCACACUUCAAUUCAAUGGAAGCCGCCGACAUGGAGGCGGCGGCAGCGGCGGCUUUCAGGCCGGCUCACAUGGUGAACCUCACUCCAAUACCUUCAUCUUCUUCCACAAUCAACCCUCGCCGUCUCUCAAGCCAGUUCUCCAAGCCGAGCAGCCCAAUUCGAGCCGGUGUGAGGAAGAAGAAUAAGAAUGAUUCACCUUUGGCUUGGGUUUCACUCCAAGGUCGGCUCGUUGGAGCCGAAGAAGCUACCUCGGCUAGGGUAAUUGACGGUGGUUUAAACCGAGAGGAAGCGGUGGCGUGGGAAUUCUUUACACCGAUUCACCGUGUUUUGAUUGUUGCUGUUGUGGCUGUCGCCGCCGCUAAAUGUGAGAAGAAUCGCCAGAUUGUUCAGCUCAGAAAAUGUGUCCAACUCAGGGAUGAUAUAUUGAUGAGCAUGCAGAAAAAGCUCGAUGAUUUGUGUGAACAAAUGAACUGUAUGAAAGAUCAGCCUCAAGCAGUAGUUGGUUUGUCAGCGUCCAAGAUUAAAGAUUUCUCGUCAAGAAGAUCAUCUUUGUCCAGCAAAUCUGACUCCAUGUGCUCUGAAUGCUGGUUCUGUGAUCAACGCCGUGCUGAAAUGACUGAUUUUCCGGGAAACACACUUGUGAAAGCUGCUAGUGGUGAUGAGAUGUUUACAAAUAGACACUCUAUUUCUAAUGAGGCAGAACAGGAGGAACGCCGUAUGUCAGAUUUGUCUGAUUGGGCUUCAAGUGUUACUUCAGUGGCAGAUAUACAACUAAACAACUUAGCAGUAGAGCAAGAUACUUACAACCUCAAGAGGGAAUGUGAAGAAAAAGAUGCUGCUAUAAAGGAGCUUUCUGCCUUUAUUCGCUCAAAUGAUGUUGCUUCUUCUAAAAGAAUCGAAGAACUUGAAGAAGUUAUCCGUAGGAAAAGCACAAUUAUUACAAAGUUGAGAAAGGACUUGCUUGUUCUGGAACAGAAGGUAGUCAACCUAACAAGAACAAGAAGGCGUUCAUUCCCUGGGCCGAGCUUAGAAAAGAAACAGCUACCUACAAUGUCAGAUAAUCUGCUUUAUGAUAUGGAUAGCCCUUUAUCUUCUGAUUCAGACUGCUGCACCUCUGAGAAGCAGAACACCACCUCUAGUGUUGUUGAAACUCAAGCAUUAGUAAAAGCUUCUGAAAACACCCCACUCCGAAACAGCUUUUCAUGUGAAAAUGUGACAAAAAGAAACCAGAAAACCAGUCCUUUAUCUUCUGAUUCAGACUGCUGCAGCAUCACCUCUGAGAAGCAGAACACCACCUCUAGUAUUGUUGUUGAAAGUCAAGUAACCGUAAAAGCUUCUGAAAACACCCCACUUCGAAACAGCUUUUCAUGUGAGAAUGUGACAAAGAGAAGCCAGAAAACAGCAGUUUCAAAAAUCCCAUCCACCCCUUCUAUAAUAAAGGUUCCUGUUCAGGUCCCAAAAUCCAGACCUGUGAGUCCGCUCAAGGAGAAAUCAUUGAAUCAAACACAUUCUUCAUUGAAUCAGACACAUUCUUCAGCAAGUGCAGGUUUGAAAACUAACAGAAGACGAACUAAUAGUGGAUCCAAAGAUGCAGCCUCACAGAACAAGCGAUGGAUGUAGUAGGUAUGUAUUAUUGGCCCCUGAACCUCAUGAAGAAUCAUUGGUGCCGUAUAAUGCAAAGAUGGUGUCAUAGCACAUAAUAGCACAUAUAUAUGCUGGAAGACUGGAAGUUGAGAUGAUGUUGCUACAACACAGAAGAAUGUGUUUUAGUUAUAGUAGUAAGUUAGUAACUUGAUAAGUUUGGUAGAAAUGUGUACUUAUUAUAACUUUUAAGACUAUCUUAAUCGGUUAUAUAUAUACUUGCUCUUUCGCGUAA